AUGUCGAAUUUGUCAAAGCUUGAAUUUGUGACACUUAAUAUUUUUGGAAAGAAUUAUAUCUCAUGGGUAUUUGAUGUUGAAAUUCACCUUACCGCUAAAGGUCUUGGUGAUAGUAUAAUCAAAGGAAAUAAGGCAUCAAAUCAGGAUAAAGCGAAAGCUAUGAUUUUCCUUCAUCAUCAUCUUGAUGAAAGCCUAAAGGCUGAAUACUUGACGGUAAAAGAUCCACUUGAACUGUGGAUAGGUUUGAAAGGGAGGUAUGAGCACCUCAAGGCAGCAGUAUUGUCAAGAGCUCAUUAUGAGUGGAUGCACUUAUGGUUUCAAGAUUAUAAAACCGUAAUUGAGUAUAAUUCUGUUGUAUUUAGAAGCACUUUCCAAUUGAAAUUAUGUGGAAAAACUAUAUACUCUGAAUUGGUCUCAUGCCUUCUGGUGGCUGAGCAUCAUAAUGACCUUUUAAUGAGAAAUCAUGAAGCUUGUUCCACUGGAAUUGCUCCAUUACCAGAAGCAAAUAAGUUAGAAACACACGGCCAGUCUGAAAUAAGACAAGAUAAUCGGGGCCAUGAUAAUUUGCAUAAGCGUGAAAAAGGCAAAAAAUGA